AUGUUUGAAAUAAGGUUUUCUUUGCUUUCCCAUAUUCAGGAACAAGGAGUCCGUUGGAGUAUCAUAAAAUCUGGGCUUCCAGGCAUACUGUUACAGUGUCUGUAUCUCUUCUUUGUCUUUCCCCUGGAUGAAGCUGGUGACAAUGGUGGGAAGAAUCAAGGCAAAAGGGAGACACAGGAAAUGUUUGUACAGACAAUGCUCAACAUUUAUGCAGAAGAACAAGGUGUGGAGGAGCUCCUUGUGGCUACAGAUCUUCAGUCUCUGAUCAUCGCAGCAGCUUCCUUUUGGAAUCAAAGCUGCCCUUUCUGGAAGUGCCCCACAAGCCAAGUGCUCCGAGCAAUUUCGAAGGCUCAGUCCAAAAACACCAUUUCAUACCUGCAAGCUACAGAUUGUAUUAAAAUUUCCAUCCAGAAUUUGUCAAAGCUUGCUGACUCCUUGCCCCCCUGUGAUGUAUGUGAACCAGUCAACAUCAUCCUGUGUUUUGUGAAAGAUUCAUACCUAAUGUCUCCAGUUUUGCUUUUGGAGUUUGAAAAAAAUGGGGGCUAUCAACUCCUGAUGAAAACGUUUCUCAGGUAUGAUGGGCUACUGAGGAGCAAAGAAGAUGCCAGUCUCAAGGAAACAUUGGACUUUCUGACACAACUGACCGUUUGUGGGGAAACAGAACUGAAGGUUUCAGGCAAUAUUGCAAAUCCUCAGCUGCCACAUUUUAAUGCUGAACAAUCCCAUUCUUCUAGAAAGAGAGUGAGAAAUCUGAAGGCUUUCCAGGUGCUAGAAUCCCUUUUUCGGAAAUCCAUCAACCCGGAGCUCUGCCAUUACAUUUUACUCACCCUAAAAUCUAUCUGGACCUGGAACUCCAUGAACUUCUUUCUCCUAGAAUGGUCACUACAGCCUAUCUCUCAAUUUGUUGGUCUCAUCCCUCUCAAGCCACCCUUGGUCCAGGUCCAGUUCUUCCAGCUGGUGGAGUCAGUGGUGUUGGACCUCUCGUAUGUCCCCCAUGAGAUCCUGAAAGAGAUUCAGUGUUUGAUAAAGGAUAAUGCAGAGCCACUGUGCACUUCGGCUGCUCUGCGCUGUCUUCACAGCAUCACACAGAGGGACCUGCUCUUCACAGAUGUCUUCAGGGACUCAGGGCUUUUGGGAAUGCUGCUUGCUCAAUUACGCAAAGAAGCCAAGAUACUGAGAAAGAAAGGUGGAACCCAAGCAGCUUGCCAGGAUCAGGUGAUGGAAAAAGAGCUCAUCAAUAUGAUGCUGAAGAUGGUCGCUGCUCUUGUUGUGGGAUCUGUUAGGAACACAGUGGUUCUCAGAGACUACGGGAUGGUGCCAUAUAUCAAGAUCUUUAUAGAUGAUGACUUGUACCGAAGUGACACAUUGACUAUCCUGGAGCAGCUGUCAGUUAUCAACCCUGAGGAGUAUGUGAGCAUCAUUGUUGGGGCCCUGUGCUCUUCCACCCAAGGAGAGCUGCACUUCAAGCUGGAUCUACUGAAGUCUCUCCUGAGGAUACUGGAGAAUCCGAAGGGUUGUUCGGCUUUCAGAACCGGCAGUGGCUUUAAUGGGUUGCUCUCCCUCCUGGCUGACAUGGAAGGUGCAUUGCAGGAUCUACCAUCAGGCUUGUGGGCCUCAUUUGGACAGAGCCACAUUAUGGACCUUAUACAACAUAUACUCCAAGCAAUAGCAGUCGCUGUCAACUUGGAUCCUGUCAACAGAGACUUCUUUCAAAAGAAUGGUCUCUUUGAGAAGAUGGCAGAGGACCUUGGCUUGCUUGGCUGCUUCUCAGCACAGAAGUGGGGACAGACUCCUAUACGGCUCAACAAGACACGGUCAUUUACUGAGUUUUUAAACUUAACUUUUUGCUCACCAGAGCUUUUCCCUACCUGGCUAAAAAGCUGUGUGAAGAUAUUCAGUUUCCUUGACUCUAUGGCCAAGCGGAACCUGUUCGACCUCAAGCACUGCUCAUUGGAAAUGAAGCUAGGUGUAGAUCAAUUUCCGGUAUGCAUUCAAGAGGUGAAAGAAAAUGAAAAAGACUCUGAGGUCAGCUUUGAGCACAUAGAGUAUCCUGAAACAGUCACAGGCCUAUGGCCAGAAUCCAAAGACAGGUCAGAUAAGGAGGACUGGGUGAUUGUGUGCCCUGGAGCUCUUUGUGUAAUGGUGAAACUGAUGGGCAAGCUCUACAGAGAGGCUUACCCAGAGUUAUCAUGGGAAAUUCAAUAUGCUGUGGCUGAUCAUAUUCAGUCCUUGAUGAGGUUGGAGAAGAAUCGCCAAGUGGCCUGUGGAACGGGUCUGCUGGACACCAUUAUCACAUCCUGCCUUGAUGUGCUGCAUAAUACCAACAGUCCUGUGCAUCUACCGCUUAUCAGGCUCUUCGAAAAGCUCGCAUCCCAGUCCAUUGAGCCUAAUGCCUUAAGACAGUUUCUUUGUCUCAGAACAUCAUCCCUACCUGUAACAUCUGGGCCCUGUGCAAGUCAGUCUACAGCUUCUCUGAGCCACAGAAGUGGCUCAUGUCAAGGAUCUUGGGAUGAAGGUUCAGAAGCAGUAAUACUUAAUGAUUCUGCCAAUCAUCAUCAAACAUCCUUCGGCACACACACAGCCUGGAUAUCUAAUAGCUCUGCAAUGGCUCUCCAAGCAGCCAUGAGUCUGGUUUCCAUGACAACGCCACACAGCCUUCAGCCACAGACCACCUACUUAGACCCUUCAUUUGUGGAAUUUGAUAUGUCUAUUGAAGGAUAUGGCUGUUUGUUUCUCCCAACAUUGGCUACUGUUCUGGGACCCAACACUGAAUACUCCAUCUCAGGAGGAACUGGAAAAGGUGCCAGGGCAUUCCCCCCAUUGGAUGGGUUGACUUUCUCCUCCUGGUUUCUGAUAAGCAAGAUGGGUUCAGUUCACCAUACCCACCCAUUGCGUUUCCUUACUGUGGUGCGUCACAUGGCAAGGACAGAAGAAGAAUUCGUAUGCUUCGCAGUGAACUUUUCUCCUAUGAACAAUUGCCUGAACAUCUCUACUGAGGAAGUGAUAUUCCAGCCUCUAGACAUUAUGGAACCUAAAUCUGAAGGCCUUAUCCAAUCCUCUGUCCUAUCUCAAGUCCAGUUCAGUUGCGCUGAGCUGCUUGUGACCGGGCAGUGGCAUCACCUUGCAGUGACUGUGACAAAGGAAACAAAACAAAUCUGUACUAUUUCAGCCUAUAUAAAUGGACACAUCAUUGGCUCUGCUAAGAUGCAGUACAUUCAGCCCCUUCCUGGGUGCUUUAUUUCCAUGGACCGCUCUUCCUUUAUUGAUGUCUAUGGCUAUGUGGCCACCCCAGCAAUUUGGAAACAGAAAUCUCCCUUGACUUGGCGCCAGGGCCCUAUGUACUUGUUUGAAGAAGUCAUCUCCAUGGAAACUCUCCAGCUUAUUGUCAAGCUUGGUCCAAGAUACUGUAGCAACUUCCAAGCUAUAGAGCUUAGAGGAUCUUUUAGCAGUGCACAGGUGGUAACUUUGAUAUCACAAGAGAAGAUUUCAUUUGGAAUCAGUGUCAUGAACUCAUCCUAUACCACAGUCAAAGAUAUAAAAGACUGCUAUGGUGAGGUGGAUGGCCGCCUAAUGGCUAAAGAGCUGGGGCUUUCCUCUCGUGAUGGUAUGACACCAGUUUUCAUGGUUCAAAAUACUGCUGGAAAACUUCCCGGUGCCUUAAGGACUAUUGGAUCAGUUAUUGUGGGCCAAUAUGGAACCCGAGUAUUCCAGUCCUGCCCAGCAGCUAUUAGUCUGAACUACGUUGGAGGGCCUGCUGUUCUGCUGGGUUUCCUCGCCAUGGCCCAUGAUGAACAUGCUGUGUACACUGCUGUCAAAGUCUUGCACUCUGUUCUCAAGAGCAGUGCAAUGAGUGAAAAUCUAAUGAGACACCUUGGUGGGUACCAGAUGCUGGCAUACCUGCUGAAAAGAAAGACCCAUCUGUUAAACAGCAGAAUUCUGCAACUUGUCCUCUCCAUUGGGGGCAUUGUUGAGACCAGUUUGGAGUCCUUAACUAUCAAGAAUCCGGAGGCAUUUGAACAUAUUAUCUGCAACUUUGAGCUUUGGCGUCAUGCCCCUGAAAAUCUGGACCUUUCUCUCUUUACUUACCUCGUGGAAAUCGUACAGUCUUCAAGAGAAGAGAGCUGGAAUGCAAAAUUUGCUUAUCGGGUGCAGAUGGUACCCAAGCUAUUUCUUCUCUUCAGUGACCCUGAAAUUGCACGCUCCCGUAUCAGCAGGAUUUGUGCAGUACUCUCCCAUUUGCUCCAGAACCACUUCAGCAUCAAAGAUUUCCUUUGGAUUGGCUUGUUCUUGGUUUACACUUUAUACCCCUCCUCUGUGAAUGAAAGUCAGACCUGCCUAGAUAAUGCCCCAGAAUCACUCGGCGAUGGCUUAAGCCAAACAUCUGGAAAAAUGAUCUGGCUACGAAACCAGUUAUUCAAUAUGAUGCUACAUGUAAUACAUUCAGACGAUUUUCAUCUGUCCUCUGAGAUCCAAGAAGAGGUGUUCCAAACCCUGGGGCCUGACUGGUUUCUGAUGUUUAUUCAAGGCCACGUGCACCCAAGCUCAGUUGUGCUGGCAGUCAAGUUGCUACUCAGUUUCCUGCACAACCGCACACUCCUGCAUAAAUUCAAAGAGGGGAUGAUGGCGGGCCUCUGGCUUGAAAACAACUUAGCUGGUCUAAAUAUUUUGAUGGACAAUUUAAAGAGCCACCCCCAGAUGUAUGAGUACAGUUCAUACAUUCUGUCUGGAUUUGUGGAGCUGAAGACAUUCUUGAGCAGCUGUGUCCAUAUCCCUGAGAUCUACUUUCUUCUGUCAGGGCUGUUCCUGGCCACCCCAGCAUCUGAGCCAGCAGGUGAAAGCAAGGCAAAUUUGGACUCAAUGUUACAGUGGCUCCUCUACAACCACGAUAAGGAUACUGUAUCCAGAGUUGGACUGUGCCCAGAGGCAGCAGUUCUGCUGCUGGAGAUGGUGAAGUCCAUACUGAAGCAGACUCCAGCAGGUACAGAAGAUUCUUGGAAGAUCACCUAUCCAGGGCACAUCAUGCAGUUCUUCUGUCUCGUGUAUCACAGAUACUCAAAGGAUCCCCUUUGGUACAACUCUGACUUCCUCCAGGCUCUGGCCUUGGUCACCUUUCCCUCUGUGAUACCCCAGGACAGCUGUCAGAAUGACUUGUCACCAUCUCCCAAUGGCUUGGCUACUGCUUCUUGUACUGAGGGGGCUGCUGGCCUUACUCCUCCUUUGUCCCCGCAUCCUGCUAGAAGACAAGUGUGGGAGUUCAUUCGCCUCCUCCUGAUGGAAACCUUGCUUCUUGUCGCAGCCAACAAACAGUGGCACCCUUUGGAGAUUUUUCUUGAGGCUUCCGCAGAGAAUUCCACCCCCGAGCAGAAGAAGUGUUUCCAGACAGAGGUAUUGCUUUACAUUAUGGAUAUCUUCCACAUAAUUGGCCGAGAUGAUGGGGAAUCUUCCAGUUUAAGAGGGAAUGGUGAUAUCAGAAGUGCUUUGGAGCCAGCAAUGCCUUUACUUCUAAUGAAUGUUUCCUAUUUUACCCAAAAGCUGGUAGCGAAGCUUUAUGGAGGAAUGUUUGUUGCUGAACCUAGAAAGAUCAUCCUCUUCCUUUCAGAACAAGUGAUAGUGGUCAAAGAAAAGGUUAUUUUUCACAAGGAGGACAUGAUAAAAGUCCUGCACAGCAGCUUAAACCGAGCCAUCUUGUACUACCUGUUCAGUUCUCUUUCCGAUCAACAAAGGCUCCUCGAAGUCCUCCACACCCUUCAACUGCAGUGGGACAUCAUCUUUGCAAUAUCUAACUCUAGCCUGGACUUCAUCACCUGCCUUUUGUAUUGCCUGUUACAGAUACAAACUAUGAGCUUUCCAGAAGACCAAAAAAGACAAUGGAGACCAACUUCUGAUCACUAUAUUUUCUUGGUCCCAAGAAAAGAAGAGAAGGGGGUGGAUGACCUCUCUGCUUCGAAGAAUGUUCAGCAAGAGAUCUGGAAAGCAACUGAAGAAAUCUGGAUCCGGCUUCUUUCUGAGAGGAGAAAGGAUUUGGAGGAUGCAUACAACAUGUCUCUCUCUAGAGAGAAAGGAGAUGGGGAUGAGAAAGUGAAAAUGGCUGACAUGAAUCCUCUGUGGGGAGAGAUCGUGGAAAAGGCUUGGCAGCACUUCCAAGCAUCAGAAAAGAAAAACAAGAUAAGUUACUGGAGUGGAAGCUUGUCUUCAGCCGUGAAACUGACACCCAGCAAGAACUUAAAGCAGAUCGGAUGCAAAGCUCAGAUAAUUAACAUCACUAAUUAUCUAAUUAAGUUCAUUAAGCCUUUACCAACAGUGCUCUAUGAAGCUGACAUUAUGUUCUACUGUCGAGACAAGCACUUUGAUUUCUUUGGAAGGCAUGACACUACUCCCCCCUCCAUUAUCCCCUUCCCCCGAACCCCGAGGGCCCGGCUUCCGGGGAUAACGGCGGUGGAAGUCGUGAACCAAGAUGGGAGCGUGGACCUCUGA